CGGGAUAUAAACCAUCCUUAUAUUUCAUUGCUUUUAUCUGUGCGUUGAAAGAAGCCUAGUUUUGUUCUUCUCGUCCUCUUCUCUGCUGCAUCGUUCAGUUCAAUCUUGGCUUUGAACAUACAGCAAUGGCAGCCUCUACAUCUGCUUCAAAGGCUAAUAAUCCCAAGGCAAGGAAAAGGGUAGAUGUUGAUCCGUCCACUCUGAAGCGAGCUAGAGAUGGCAGCGCCUUUACUAGAUGUGAUGCAUGCAAAAAGGAUGUGCCCGUAGCGACUGCUGAUAUGCAUAAUUGCCAGCAGGAUGGGAAAAUCUGGACUAAUUUUGAAGCCCCAAAAGCACCACAAGAGCCCAAACGUGCAGAGGCUAAGAAGCCAGCUGAAGAGAAGAGGUCAAAGAGCAAGACAUCAAGCGAGAAGAAGAAAAAGCCCAAGAAGGAGAAGAAGGUUAAGGAUCCAAAUUUGCCAAAAAGACCGCAGACUGCUUUUUUCUUGUUCAUGGAUGAUUUCAGGAAGAGCUAUAAAGAGGCCAACCCUGAGGCCAAGGGUGUUGCACAGGUUGCUAAAGAAGGCGGUGAAAAAUGGAAGUCUUUGUCAGAAGAGGAGAAGAAGCAAUAUACUGAGAAAGCUGCUGAGUUGAAGGCAGAAUAUGAAAAGGCCAUGGCUAAGUACCAAAAGGAUAGGGAUGCUGUAGUGCCAGGGGAAGCUGAUGAUAAGGAAACGGAUGCUGGAGCAAGUGGAUCUGAAGCAGAGGAAGAGUGAAUGUGCUAAUUCAAUUUUCAAGUUACUGGGUUUUUGGGCAAUAAAGUGAUGUGGGUGCUACAUUGCUUUCUUUUUGUACAAUAUUUGGAUGGAGUAGAAAUCUCUCUAAGUGGAUCAAACUGGGGAGUGUUAGCACAGGUCCUGUGUAUAUUACGGUUGCAUGAUCUGCAUGCAAUGGAAUUUUCUUGUUGCAAGUGAAAUUGUAUAAGUCAGAUUUGGUUAGCUUGCUUUGGUUCAUUUUGGCAUCAUUGUAAUCUGCCAUGUUUUGUCUUGAGCUAAAGAGUUCAAAUUUUCAAUGCAAAUGACUGUCUAUUAGUGGAUCAAUAGAGGCGAGCUUACCUUUUGAUUGCAUUGACCCCUAAUAACAGUGGCUACAAUUUGCAUCUUUAGUAUUCCCUUUUUGGCAUUCCGACGA